UAACGAUAGAGGAAGAGUCGCGCAUGGUUAGAGCGAAUUGAGAGGUGACCUUUGCGCGUCGGCAUCUGGCGAGAACUGCCAUGGCUCAGAGUCCUCCGCCGCCAUUUGAUCCCUACCGACCACCGGUUAUUGAAGGCUUUACUCCGACUUCUUAUCGGGGCGAGGCCGAACACUUCCAAAGCAAGUUCAUACGCAAGUUCCGCCAGAAUCCAUUUGUGCCCCUCGGCUGCCUUGGUACAGCUGGAAUUUUGACUUAUGGACUCAUCUGCUUCAUAAACAAUAAACCCAAGCAAUCCCAGAUGAUGAUGAGGGCCCGUGUUAUAGCCCAGGGUUUAACUGUUGCAUCCCUAUUAGUGGGCAUGGCUGUUACAAACAUGAAGUCAUCCAAGUGAACAAGCUGCUAUUGUACAAUAUGAUAAUAUUGUCCACUAAUCUGGGUAAGAACAAGCCCACCUGCCUGCCAGCACACCAUAUUUUGCAGAAUGAUAUUUCAGUGCUACUUGGGAAGUGAUUUCUGGUAUCAAGGAGGCCCAGUUUUGUUUAAUAACAUUGUUACUAUAUUCCAUCAUUUCCGAUUUGUCACUGGUGUAUAACAUUUUUGUGUAUCAUAGCUAUGUUUUAAGCCUAUCUUUCUGAUAAAGGCAGUAAGAUUAUCUGAUGUAAACAAAUCACAUAGGAUGGAGGACCUUUAUUGUCUAUUAGACAGCUAUGUGGCUAAAAGUGUAUCGAAAAUAACAUUUAUUGUGGAGAUUGGGUGUGAUGAACACAUUAUAUUAGGGUCAAAGAAUCGUAAAGUUUUUAUUCCUGAUGUUAUUUUUUUCUGAAAUGUUGUCACUGUCAAGAUUGGACAGAAGUCAGGAGGAAUCUAAUUGUGAUUUAUUAAAAACCAUUGUGUUAAGAUCUACUGAGAUAGUCUGAAAUAAUUGUUAAUUGAUAAGGUACUUGUAAUUUGCCUUGCAAUUUCUGAAAAAAACUGCAGAUAACUAGAAUAAGACCCUUUGGUUGAAGUUGGGCUCCAUUGAGCAGAAGAUUUGUUGAUGUAGCAGCCUCCAUGCUGCAUAGUGACAUUCCUACCCGAGUUACUGGAUUCCUUUGGUCGUUGGGGGUGGAGUCUCCAAGGCUCAUAAUCUUUGGUGGUUUCAACUUUUCCCCAGUCAUGGGCAGUUCAUAGCAACUGUCAAGCUGACUUGCCAUCAAAAUCCUGAUGUACAUCAGAGAUCCUUACUUUUUGUUUCAGGGAAGUUACUACUUUAUCUGAGUGUUGUGGACAUUAUCAUCAGUCUAUUACUGGGGACAUAUGCUCUGAUUGCUUUAUAUUUUGUACCCCUCGCAAAACAGGAAGUGGAAUCUAUUAGACUAGACCAGGCAUGUCAAAUUCGCGAUGUCACGUGACAUCGCGCAACAUAUUGUGCCUUUUUCCCCAUUGCCGGCAAUGGGAUGGGCGCGGUUUCGUCAUGACGCAUCUGACCCGUGGGCCGGCAGUUUGACAUGCCUGGACUAGACCAUCCAAGGCAACCAAUAAACCCUGACAAGUUAUAGAGGGAGGUUGGGAGGUUAAGGAUCUGAUGGAUAAUUUGGCUGAGAAUUCGCUGACUGGCUGAAAUAGACAUGUGGCAAAUGCCUUAGAACAGAUUACACCAGUGUAGCCUCUCACUGUGCAUGAAUCCUGAGGUGUGCUUUGAUUUUCCAGGGCAUUUAGGAGAUGAAAUGCCAGAUAAGCCACCUAGAGCACUAUUGGAGGAAGAUGAAGAGUUAUUCAACCCAUACAAGUUAGAGCACUCUUCCUCUCUUUUUAGCAUCUGCUUGACAACAUUAGGUGAGGUAAUGAAUUGGUUUGGGGUCAGAGACCAUCGGUUUUGUGAUAAUACUAAGUUGUAUAUCUCAACCCAAGGUUGACAGAAAUCAAAGUCUCAUACGUAUACUUGGAGGCUAUCUGGUUGUGUAUAUGGAGGAAGAUACUCUGAUUCAACUGUAACAAGACCAAGCUGCUGCGGUAUUGGAACUGGAGAUGUUCCAUUGUUAAGUCCAAAUGGGAAUCCAUUUCAUCCUGUUGCAUAAUUUGGGGACCUUCUUGGACUCACAGCUCCAGCUCAAGCAGAUGGCAGCUAUGGAUGGCCUUUGCAGAAAUUCAUAUAAUGCUGUGAUUGCACCAUUUCCUGGACCUAGAGGCCUUUCUGAAAGCACUCAUGCUUCAUUCACUUCUUACGGAUUAUUGCAGUGUGCACUAAAUGGGGCUGCUCUUGAAGACCAUCAAAAACUUCAACUGAUCCAGAAUAUAGCAACAAGCAAUUAUGGGCAUGCUCUUGCAACGUCCCUGCUUUGUGAGCUGUACUGGUUACUGGUAGGCUUUCAAGUAAAUUCAUUGUGCUAGUUAUUGCAUAAAAACAUCUCACGACAUAGAGACUUCUCUGUGGCUUCUGCCCAUGCUUUAUGAUCAAACAAAUUUGUCAUAUCAUAGCCAUUAACAGUGUCAUUAGAUGGAAUCUGCAAAACAUACCUUCUUAGUCACUAUACCUGCCCUCUGUAAAAAUAUCCUCCCACAAUCUUGCCCCAAGUCCUUGUUAAAAAGAGCUUUUAAAAACUGGCUUUUCCCAUGGUCCUGGGCUGGCAUGGUACAGACCCUUGUGUGUUAUAUGACUCAUUUAGAACCUUUUCCCUAUAUGUCUAUUUUUCUUUUGUUUUCUUGUUUUAUUAUUAUAUGUUGCCCAAAGUCACAAUGCCUUUAUAAAUUUGUAAGUAAACUGCCCUGUUGUCUCCUUCCUCCCACCCUAUUUCAUUCCAAUUUAAAUUCUGUAUUAGAGUAGCCAUUCCAAGCAUAUAAAGAAGUGAGUUGUAGUUCACAAAAGUUUAUACCUUUUAAUAAAAUUUGCUAGUCUGAAAA